CCGUUAGAGGGGUCCCUGGCUCCCGCUGGACCCGCAGCCGUCACCUCCGAAGUCAACUCUGCGGCCCGCGCUCCGCGUUCCCCUCCCGUCGCCGCGCAGACCUGCCACUGCCAGCAUGGGGCUCUUGGACUCGGAGGCGGGCGGUGUCUUGAACGCGAUGUCCACGGCGCUCAACGACACCGUGGAGCUCUACCACUGGACCUGGACGGUCACAGAUAAACGCGUGGAAAACUGGCCUCUGAUGCAGUCCCCGUGGCCGACGCUCAGUAUAAGCACGCUCUAUCUCCUGUUUGUGUGGCUGGGCCCCAAAUGGAUGAAGGACCGCGAACCCUUUCAGAUGCGCUUAGUGCUCAUUCUCUAUAAUUUCGGCAUGGUUUUGCUUAACUUGUUUAUCUUCAGAGAGUUAUUUAUGGGGUCAUAUCGUGCAGGAUACAGCUAUGUGUGCCAGCGCGUGGAUUAUUCGGACAACGUUCAUGAAGUCAGGAUAGCUGCUGCACUAUGGUGGUACUUUGUAUCUAAAGGAGUUGAAUAUUUGGACACAGUAUUUUUUAUCCUGAGGAAGAAAAACAACCAAGUCUCUUUCCUUCAUGUGUAUCAUCACUGUACCAUGUUUACAUUGUGGUGGAUUGGGAUCAAGUGGGUGGCAGGGGGACAAGCAUUUUUUGGCGCUCAGCUGAAUUCCUUUAUCCACGUGAUCAUGUACUCGUACUAUGGGUUGACUGCAUUUGGCCCAUGGAUUCAGAAGUACCUCUGGUGGAAACGGUACCUGACCAUGCUGCAGCUGGUUCAGUUCCAUGUGACCAUUGGACACACAGCAUUGUCUCUGUGGAAUGAUUGCCCCUUCCCCAAAUGGAUGCACUGGGCUCUCAUCGUCUAUGCCAUCAGCUUCAUAUUCCUCUUCCUCAACUUCUACGCUCGGACGUACAACAUGCCUAAGAAAUCAAAAACUGGAAAAACUGCCGUGAAUGGUAUUUCAGCAAAUGGUGUGAACAAGUCAGAAAAACAGCUGGUGAUGGAGAAUGGGAAAAAGCAGAAGAAUGGAAAAGCAAAAGGGGAGUAACUUGAAGGGGGCCUACCUGUUGCCGACAGUGAGGAAUCUCCCAUUUCAUAUGAAAUUUCAGGGAAGACAGAAACAAAUGAGGGCUUAGGGGUGGGGAGAAAAGGCAACUCUGCUCUUUGCGCUAGGGCCUGCAGAGUGAGGAAAGUGCUGGAUACAAUGGCCGGAUGUUUUAUUUAUGAAGGUUUUAUUUUUAAUUUUUUUUUUAUUUUAUUUUAUGAUUUUAGCCUUGAUGUUGUCCAGACCAAAGCAAUCAUCAUGUGACUUUGGACACUUACCUUCUCUGGUCCCAUCCAUUUGUGUAAUGGAUGGGAUUUUCCAUGUGUUUUUAAUACACACCCAUUCUCCAGUCUGAAUCUAGACGAUCACAGAAACAGUCAUUAAGAAUAUUUUUGACUAGAUUACUCACUACCGAUUAAUUAAAAUCAGUUAUAUUACAUGUUCUGGUCCAGAGCGGGAAACACGUUCUUUAAAAUGUAUACUUUUGAAUUCACUUGCUGGCCAGCAUGGUUGACUCUCUCCACCUCUUGUCUGAAUAUACCCUAUUGAUUGUAAUUGAAAACUUUUAAAAUCUGCUCAUCUCUGUAGAUGCUUAGAGGUUUGAUGAUGAUGGUAUUGGUGAAAGUGAGGAACAGUAACAGUAAAGUCCCGUCUGGUGACCAAAGGUCACCACGACUCAUGGCACAGAUCACUGUGGGAAACAAUUUUUAUGAUGAAAUCUUGAGUAGCCUUGAGUACUCCUAUUACUGUCAGAAUGUAUUAUGAAAAGUCAGAUUAUUGUCUGAUGGGAAUAUGAAACAGCUCCUGUCUCCAUUGGUAACAUCAUAAAAUAGUGACAUCUAUGUGCUGUUAGCAGAGAGUCUGUUGAUUUUUAUCAGGCUUUUCUCGUUUUGAUUUGUGUCUGUUACUAAAUUUUCAUAUGUGGAAAUAUACCUACCUCUUAUGUUGGAAAAAGCAGUUACAAUUAAAUAAAUUUUCAUGUAAAAGAAUCAAGGAGUCCUAUAACAUAAAUUCCAGUUGUAUUUGACUUGAAUGCAUUGGGGGCGGUCUGUUCCGCUUGGUCUCAUUUUAAAAAUAGCAUACAUCCAACUUUUCUGUGAAACCCUCCCUCCCUUUCAGUGCGGUUCAUUUUGGAAUGAUACAUUGUGACUGAGUUACAAGAUCUUAUUUAUUAACUGGAUAUGAAGUGUAAACCCAUUUUGGUGCAAUAUUCUUGACUCCUUGGUGCUAAAGAUCAUUGAAUUCAGUGCUUGAUGUUACAAGUUGUGAAAACAUAGAAAUGACUAAGAGUGAAAGCGGUCAGAAUUAUAAAAUCUCUACAAAUUUACAAAUGAAGUAUUUCAUGUAGCACUUGUAAUACGUAUGAGGGAACAGCCAGGUAAUCACUAAGGAAGAGAAUUUGUACUGUGUUUUAUUACAUAGGAUAACUUGCUAGAGGGUGCUGUCCAGGGAUCAUAAUGGAAAGAGAAAAUGUGACCCAAAAAGCAUGAAUAUUUCUAACUUUUUCUUGACAACAUGGUAAAAACUGCAUGUGCAGGAUAUAUGCUAUUUGUGCAGACACUAUUUCAAAAUAUUUUGUAAACUAUAAAAUAUUUAUUGUGCAUUAAAACUAAACAACUUUUCCCCAAAGGCAUGUAGCCGUAAGAACUGUACAAAAAUUUGCAACGCAUCCAGUAGGUUGGCAUAAGAGGAUCCACCACCUUUGUUUUGCGGCGUAGUGUAUAAUAACUAGAGAUUUGUAAAUCUUUGUGAACAUUCUGUACUGGUUUCCCAGAACGAUUCAUCCCCUGCCACCUGAUGCAGCACAAUAAAUAUUCAACUGUUGUGGGAAAAAAAAAA